UUAUCGUACUGGGCAUGCGUGACUCCCGUCCGAUGUGUCAAUGUGCCCGUUCCUGGUUUCCUGAGAUCCUCGCAUGAAGUUUCUUUCCUUGCGCGAGUGCGCAAGUUGUGUGUAUGUGAGCACGGCACGCCGUGCGUCUCGCCGCCUCUUUUUUAUAUGCGCUUUGUUUGUUGACCACGACGUAUCUAAUAAGAUCAUAUUUCGUCGAGUCCAUUAUUUUCGGCGCCGAUUCCUGUUUCCACACAUUUAUAAGGCGGGUAUUUUUGUCUUGCACUAAUGUCGGUGGGGCUGGAGUCUGGAUUUUCGAGUGAAGAGGUGCUUCACAUUCGCUUUCCUCUUCAUCGCGCGUGCAGAGAUGGAGAUGUGGGCGCGCUUUGCUCGCUCCUCGAGUGUAGCCCAGAUCAGCUAUCCGUUGAAGAUUCUUUCUACGGGUGGACACCUUUUCAUUGGGCCGCACACUUUGGAAAGCUGGAUUGUGUUAUGCGUCUGGUGCAUGUAGGAUGUGGUGUGAACUCCAUGACCUCUCGCUUUGCUCAGACACCUGCUCAUCUCGCUGCCUUCGGAGGUUAUCCUCAGUGCUUGCUGUGGCUGCUGCAGGCUGGAGCUGAUAUAAACAGACAGGACUAUGUGGGAGAAACCCCUCUCCACAAAGCGGCACGUGCUGGUAGCGUUGACUGCAUUAAAACCCUUCUGGUCCAGGGAGCCAAGGCAGACAUGAGGAACGCUAGUGGACUGACUGCAGCUGACCUAGCCCAUGCCCAAGGCUUUCAAGAGUGUUCUCAACUGCUGUUCAAUGCCCAGAACCAGCAACUUAAUCAGCUUAAUGGGCUCUCAACCAAUGGCUCUGUGGGGUAUGGGGACCGCAAGCUAAUCCAGGAGAGGGGCAUCCUUAUUGCGGUACCCAGUCGAAAGAGGUCUCUUGAUUGCAUGGAGUCUAAUCAAAUUAAAAAGGCCAGAACAGAUGAUAUACGUUAUCAGGCAGUAAAUGGAGUUAAUGGAUCCCGUGGAGAAGACCACAUGGAGGACAUAGAGUUUGGGUCAGCGCCAAAUACCACAGCAAAACUCCCUUUAAAUGGACAUUGCCUUCAUGAACAGCACCUGAUGCAUGAAAAUGUGAAUGGAAAUUCAACCAUCCCAUCAGAGGGUGAGGGUGGUGAUCAUAUUGGGGACAAGGGCAUCUACUCACAUCUUGAUUUCUCUGACAACGGGCUUUAUUUUGGGCAUCAUAAUGGCUUUGGAGAUACAGCCGAGAACUUUGAGGAUGCCAGCAGUCGGAUUGAGCACCUUAAGUCAGUUAGUGCAGCGAAGCACUAUGACCACAUUACCAUCAACACCAUGCACCUCUUUCAUGGGUGUUAGAAUGUCCCGUCCAGAGAUAUAAUGCCUUUAUAUCCAUACAGAAUGUGCUGCAUUGCUUUGUCCAUGUCCAUUGAAAGGGACGCUGUAUUAUUACAUUUCCUUUGUGUUUCUAUCUUUUUUUAAGUAUCUAUGUUUAAAAAAUGUUUAAUAGUUAUUCUCUAAUUGGGGCCAAAUUGAAAUGUUUAGUAUUAUGUGUUUCUGUUGUUCUAGAGUCCCAGAGGAUGUUAUUUUGAUGCAUUAUUUUUGUUAAG